AUGCUUGGGACUAAGGCUAUCUCAUCUUCGUCAGAGAUCUAUCACCAUUCUUCUGAUGAUUGGGUGCAAUUAUUUACUGAUGGUGCAGUGGCUAGAGACUCCGGAAAUGCCUCAGCAGGUGGAGUGAUGUUCACCUUUGGAGUAGAACUUUGGGGCAUUCUUGACGGCAUCUUCAUUUUAUUGAAUAGAGGGCAUAAGAAAGUCAAGAUUCAGACGAAUAAUUUAGAAGUGGUAAGGGCCUUGACUAUGGAAGAAAAUGUGAAUUUCGACAUUACCUUGCUUAGAAGAGUUAAACGAGUUUUGUUCUCUGAAGAUCAGUGGGUAAUCAAGUAUGUUCCUCGAGAGUGUAAUUUAAUUGCAGACCAAUUGGCAAAGAUUAGUCUUUCUUGGCAAACUUCCCUCCAGAUAUUUGAAUUCCCUCCUAUUGUAGUGGCUAUGACUAUCCAGCAGGACAAAGCUUUUAGAGUUUCUUAG